AUGAGGAGUUGGGGCCGGCGCUGGCGGCGGGGCCGGAGCGGGCCGGGGCUGCCGCCGCCGGGCGGGCGCGCUCGGGCCGCGGGGACGGGCGGGUGCCUCGGGGAGCGCAGCCCGCACCCCGCGAGACCGAGGGAGGCGAGGGGCCGGAAUGGCUCCCCGGUGGGACAGACCCCGAGCUGGGUCACGGGCGCUGCCGCCUCGGCCGAGGGGCUCGAGCAGGAGCGUCUGUGGUGGGUGUUCGUGCGGUGCCUCCAUCGCUGCCGAGGCCGCACGGACCGCCCCGCGCAUCCUUCCGCUGAAGCGAGCCCGAGCUGGGAACUGGCUCCGUCCUUCUGCACAGCCACAUCAGGAGUUUUCCCAGAAGUAGCCAGAAAGCUCCGGCAUUGCGGCACAGACAGCCCUCGCCAGGGCAGGACUCACUGCUGGAAGCGUCGCCCAGCCGGAGGAAGGAGAGAGCACCAGGAGAAAGGGAGGAACAGCGCCUCUGGUUCGACGGGCUUUCCAGAAGUGGAAGAAAGAUGUGAAGCCUUCAUGCAAGACCAGAAUUCCUCCCACUGCUCAAAACUCUCUCAAACCACUUCUCUGUGGUGCUCCAGAGCUUGGGCUAGAAGCUCGUCAUCCAGAUCCUUGUACAUCCCAGCAGUCUGGAGACUCUCAUCUCUGGCUGUGCCGUACAGAUAUCACUGCCUUCAGCCCCAGCCAUGUCUCCAGCAGCCCCAGGACACCUGGAAACCUGUGCAGACACUGAAGAACAGGUCUACACCUCCAUGAUCCCCAAAUAAAACAUUGUCAAGCAAGUGGGCAGCUGCAUUUAUAUUUCUGAACAGUCUUGGGGCAUAAACAGCAAGAGGAAUGUGUGACAGAAAUGCCAGCUGGCAGAGAGAAGGUCUUAAGUGAGGUCUGGUUCCCAGAGAAAACCCUAAAAACUCUUCUGGGGGCUGAGGGGACAGAAAUAAAAAGAGAAAUUCCUUUUGCCGCUCAGUAAAAGAAAAAAUAACCACAACUUUAAAAAAAUAAGAGUUAAAAAUAAAAU